GGAGGAGUAAUCUCUGCUGAUUAUGGUACGAUACCUUGUCCAGCAGGUGGACAUAUUUUGCGUUGAUCUCUUGCGAAUGUGGGCAUGGAGUACGUAGGUUAGUUGCUCUACAGCUAUUAUAAAAAAAGAUUUCAUCAAGUCUUUAUUAAGUUGGUUAAUUAAAAACUAUGCUAAUUAAUAAUUAUUAUGCAGAUGAGAGGAGGUAUAUUUGACAAGUAAUGUCCGUUGCCAAUAGGUAACGUUUAAACAAUGUCAUAACUAAUCCAUGGAUUUACAUUGAUCAUUACAUGCAUAUUGCCUUAUGUCAAGUAAUUAAAACUGAUUUAAAGUAUUGAUUUAAAAUAUGAAUUGGUUAGACUGUUACCUGUGCCCUUAAUAUGGUCCUAAAACUCAGGACAAUGACAAGCAUGUUCUGAGGCCUAAACCCUUUGAAAGAUUAGCCAUAUAGUAUCAUGUACAGUCGGUCACAAAAGGAACUGAAUAAAUUAAAAAUAUUGACGAAUCAAAAUGUUUGCCUCUGUAAUCCACAUUAUAACAUUAUUUUAUAUAUAAAGAAAAUGGAAUAUUUCUUUUGAAGUUCUGUACAAGUGUUUCAAGAUUGCAAAGUACAGAGACUUGUGGCUGACCGUACCUUAGCGUUGGUUGUUCUCGUCUCGAAACAAGCGUUAAUCGAUACAAUGGUCAAUGAAACUCUGGUUACCAGUGCACUUCCUGAAAAAUGUAUGUUGCUAUAGUAAUGUAAAGUUGAUUUUGUCAUAACAACCUUUGAUAACAAGGUAUUAUUAGCGAUUUAGCAUUUUUUUUAGUUCCAUUGUUUCAUAGCUCGUAAUAAUACGUGUAUAAUAAUCACACACUAGACAUUAUGUACGGUGGGCUUGAAACUGAAGACGACGAUGUACUUGCACCCAAAGAACCCCAAGUUACAUCACACGAUCCUCACGAACGGAAAGCGGCCCGGGCAUUACGAAUCAAAAGAAGGCAGGAAGCGCUUAAAAGAGCUGAACAGCCAACCGAAGAAGCGGCCGCAGAGGAGGAACCAGGCCCAAUAGAACAUGCGACGGCAUCUGCGGCGGAGGAGCUUCAACGUUUAUCUCUCGAUGGCGCUGCCAAAGUUACCAACGUAAAAGUGACGACAGACGAACGAGAAGUCAUUCGACGAGCAUUGUUUGCGGACAAUAUGAAGAGUCUGCUGCAGAAAAUCGAAGAAGAGGCUGCAGAAGCACAAACACAAUAUGAAGUAAUUACAGCAAACUGGGAAAAUAUGCUUACCAUUAAAGAUCCUCUGGAUAUUGACGCGGAAAUUAAAGAACAAAAAAGAAAAUGUGAUAUUUUACUGGAACAAAAGAAUACACUUAUUAAUGAACUUAAAAAUGAUCUGAAAAGAUUAGAUGAUGCAUAUUAUGAAGAUUUAGAAAAACAAGAUAAUGAUAUUAAAGAGUUGUCCGAUCGAGUAGAAAAGCAAGUAACAAUAAUGCAAAGAGCUUACGAAAAACAACUGAGUUUGAUUGAACAAGCCAUUAAUAUAGAACGCGAAGCAAUGGUAGACCAUAACAAUAAAAGGUGGGAAGCACUCUAUAAACAGCGUGAUAGAGAAGAAGUAGCUCAUAUGGAAUACAGUUACAAACAGCUAGAAGAGCACAAACAAGAAAUAGAAAGUAUAAUGUGGGACCAUUACGAAAAAUAUCGUCAGGCAAAAAUAGAACUUGAAUCUCUGAUUCAAGAGUUACAAAAAGAACUGGAAAAAUUAAAGGCAACAUGCAUAAUCAAUACGGAAAAGAUUGGCUAUAAUUAUCAGAUAUUAAAAAAGCGUGAAGAGGAAAACGUUUUUGUCAGAUCCCAACAAAAACGAAAACUAAAUAAAAUGUCUGACGUUGCCAACUCUCUACGAGCGAAGAUUCGAAAAGCUGCCGAAGAUGGAGCUAUAGAAGAAGUAAAGGCUGACGCUGAAAUAGUCAAAUUAAUGCAGACGAUGGAUGAUUUAGAAAAGAAAUCCGAUCAAUUUAAGCAAGUCAAUCAUUUCAAGUUCAGUCAAAUAUGGCGUAUGGCAGCGGUCAAGUGCGCUCAGUUAAGUCGUGAAAUACGUCAUGGGGAAGUGGCGUUACAUGCCCAUAUCCUUGCUGAACCUCCGCCACCGCCGCCACUGCCUCCACCUAAAAGCCCUCUGGCGAAGUAUGAACAGGAGGAAGCAGCAAAUAUUCUUAAAAAAGCUAAGAUUGGUGAGAAAGUAGUACUUGAUCCUCAAAACUCUGCUACAACAGAAGACAAGGAGCGACUGGUUCGGCAUAUCCUUCAGCUCGNUUUCAGACAUACGGGGUUUUUAGUUGAAAAUCGGUUAUUGACAUUGAUAGAAAAAUAUCAACCAUCGGCUAGAAAUUUGUGUACGUUGGAUGCAAUAUUUAUGGCUUUGGAAAUACAAGCCGAAGAAGAUGUGGAUUUGUUGUGUAAAACAUUUUUGAAUUAUGCAUUCUGUCCUAUUUGCGUUGGUUUGGAAAUGACGUCCGAGAUGUUGGAACCUUCGUGCGUGUCUCAGGAGGAAUCACACCAUGCAAGCAUGAGCGUGAAAUCUAUGCGAGGUGACCGAUUGUCUAUAAGAGGCAGGACAAGUAUUGCAAGAAGUAUUUCUGCAAGUACGUCGAGAUCAGCUCAUGUUGGUAUUAGGAGUAACGAGCUCUCACCGGCUGAUCAACAACUAAUCACAGAAGCUGAUGAGAUAAUACAAAAAUGCGGAGAUCCUCAAGCUGUGGCCCCUCCCACGGGCACUGUGCCCGAUGGAAGUGGAUCAGCGUCAGCUCGGCGAGCUGGAACACGUGGUGUAACAGUAUCUUCGCAACCCACACUUACUGCACAAAAAACUGCGAAUCCUUUUUUAUGUCCUCUGGGGCAUCAGCUUGAAAUAGAACCAAUGCAAGUACUGAUUGCUUUAGGAGAAUUCAUUAAAGCUUUUGUACCGCCGGAGAAGAUGAAAUUAUACAAAAUAUUAGAUAGUGUUAAACCUCCAAAUUUCGAAACACCAUCUCGUCGGCUUACAACUGAAGAAAUUGAUCAAUAUUGGACUCAGUGGAAGAACGUUUUUCCACCAGAGAAAGAUAGAUUUUGGGAUGGCCUGCUAACCGGACUCAAUAGUUAUUUGUCCAUUUUGCAAGAACGUGAACGUCUUCACGAUCAAGUUGUUAUUCUUCGUCGUCGGAACACUGGUUUGCGGCGCUUAGUUCGUGGAGCAUUACCAGAGUUACCGGCUGUACCACCUCGGUACGCCCGACAGUAUCCUCCUGGCUUUACCGCGCCAUAUCCAGAUGAAGCAGCGUUACGUUAUGCCAAAUUACCGCCUAUAUAGUAAAUGUAAAAAUCAUUGUUUAUUUUUUUUCUUUAUCAAUAAAAAGCAUACUUUAUGCAAAAAAUGUUCA